UGUCACACCAGUAGUGCACUCAAAUACAAAAGCAGCUGAGAGAAAGACACACACACUCACACACACACACACACACGCUGCCUGCUCCCUGUUUCACUAACACAACUCCACAGAACACUUCUCCAGCUCUGAAUGCUAGAAUCACAUGGCCAGAGCGUGGGACAGAAACAAACUCAACAGCAGGAUCUAAAAUGCCAAUCUUUGGAAGAUAGAGGGAGCUUUUGUUUGAAAAAAAGGACGACAAGAAUUCCAAAAAAGGAGCUGGACUCCUCAAAAGCAUUUUUGUGUACCAGCACACUUAUUCAAAAGCCUACAACAUUCAUACAGACACAACAUGCUGCAGCAAAUCCUCGCUGAUAUGUACAUCGACCCUGAUGUACUAGAGGCCUUAAAUGAGGAACAGAAGAAGAUACUGUUCUUCAAAAUGAGAGAGGAACAAGUCAGGCGCUGGAAGGAGCAAGAAGAGAAGGAGGGCAAGGAAGGGAUGAAAAAAGAAAAGCUCCGGCAAAAGAAAGGCCCUUGUAAAAGUGUGAGCUGGCUGCUCGGCAGUGACGGUGACGUGCAUGUGUGUAUCUUUGGAGAAUCGGACGAGCUCAAAUCUCCAAAACUCAUUCUGUCCGAGCCGAAAAACAAAACUGCGGCCCACCCCAAUACUUUCAACAGAGCAAAAGCCGAACCUGUGAAGUGCAGCUACUACAAACCCAGCAGAGCACAACAAACCAGCACAGAGCCAGGGAUCCAGCUACUGCUCAAGAAACCGGAGGAGCUGAGUGAUUCCACGACAGUCUCAGAUGAGUCUAAGCAGGACAGCAGUUGUGAUCAGUCAGCUGAGGACACCAGGGGCCAAACAGAUGACUCAGACUCAGGCAGUGCGGAGGAGGACAUGGGCCUUUACAAAUCACAUAUGAGCAAUGCAGAGACAACAGUAGCAGACAGACUCAGAGAGCUUCAACUGCACAGAGCGAUGAAAGAGCAUCUGUCAAUCAACAACAUGACACACCCACUGGACACACCCACACCAGACAAAGGGGUGGUGAAAAUUAAGGAUAGCACUCUGACAUACAGCGGCCGUGUGGCUCAGCUCAGGAAGAACUUCAACACCACUAAUGCCCCACGUGUCAAACCACCAAUCCCCAGCAAGCCCACACACCUACUGGCCUCCCCUUCUGUAAGAUAAAUACAACACUGCUACACACCUGAAAAAUGUCCUUGUGUAUCCAAAAAUCUGCAAGAUGAACUAAAAAUACCAGAAAGACCAGCGUAUACCUGAGCGUAUGAGCAGAUCCAGGUGUGGACCCAGCUGGAGACGGAUGUUGACGGAAAUCAAAUGCUUCUUAUAACCCAGCUCGAGCCAUCACUCUUUAGCUUUCACACUGUUUACAGAGGAACAUGGUCUCCAAAGGACUCAAAGAAUUGUUCUGCCUUUACACAAUGUUGUUUAUUUUUUUUAUUUUUUUUAAUAUAAACUUUGUUUCCUUAUGGGGAGAAUGACCAAACUUACUGUGUAAUGUUUGUAUAAAUAAAGUCUCAUCUUUUUUGUCUGGUUGUAAAUAAUGGUGUCAUAUUAAAUAAAACAACUAAUUUUAA